CCAACAAUACAAAAAAUCACUCACCCCAAAGCAAGGAUUUCUCCAUGUUUUUAUAUAUGUGGCCACUCCCCAAUUAGCAUCAAUUACCUAACUGGGGAAUGACCACACCUGUGAUUGCUGGAGGAAGAGAUUUAACCCCAUCCCUGCCAACCUUACAUUCCCACACACAGAGCACAGAGCAGUGUGUGUACAGAAGUGUUUCAAUCCCCUCAUUUGAACAGUGGUUUCAUCAGACCAGUUCUUGAGUAAAGUGUUUUUGUUUUCCAGCAGCCAGUUGGUUAAUAGAAGUUUUAGCUUCUUGCAUGUAAAUGAAGUUGUUUGAUGCUCAGUGUAAAAAUAAAUACUCCCCGAAAUGAGAUCACAUGACUAUGUUUUGUCAGACAACAGAAUCAGACAUAUUAGGAAUACGUUUGUGGUCAUUUAAUAAAUAGGCGUAGUGGGAGGGACCUGUAUGUUUACAACUUCAAAACUGUGAAGUGCCUACAUUGAGCUCAUCUUUUUGAAAGUGUCUCCAGACAGAAUGCAGGCUUGUGAAGUCGCUGCACUGAUAUUGCUGACUGUAGUGAGCUGCUCCAGACAGUAUGAAGAGCUGCCUCAGACUACACUCACCCUGGAGCCUCCAUUCCCAGAGAUAUUCACCGGGGAGACAGUCACUCUGAGGUGUGGGGUUGAGGGGGGUUCUGCUGGCUGGAAAUAUCUCUGGUACAAAGACAGUGAGGACACUCCAGUGCUCCAGACUGCUGGCCGCAGUAUAACUGGUGACAGCUACACAAUCACUGCAGCUGCUGUAUCUGACCAGGGCCAGUACUGCUGUCGAGGACAAAGAGGAGAUCCACCACUCUACUCACAGCUCAGUGAUAAAGUGACAGUAACUGUGUCUGAGGGUCAUCCUCAGGCUGUCCUGACCCUGCAGCCUGCCUGGUCACAGAUAUUCACAGGAGAGACAGUCACCCUGAGCUGUGAGGUGGAGGGGGACUCUGCUGGCUGGAGGUUUAAACAGUACAGAGAUGGACGUGAAGAGGCAGGGUGCAGUGAUCAAUACAGCAGGAGAUAUGGGGACAGCUGCACAAUCAGUACAGCUCAGUAUCACCACAGUGGAGUGUACUGGUGUGAGUCUGCAUCAGGACAGGAGCGCAGUAAUACUGUCACCUUAACUGUGUCCAGUAAGUCAUUUACAUUAUAGAUAAUAUUCAGACCCUGUUGA